GAUUCCUAUAACCCCCGCUGACCGACUUUAAAUGACUUUAACACUCUCAUUCUUGGAGUUUUCCACUCUCAGUUCACCAAUAAGUAUUAUUUUUGUUUUGGUAGCCACUCGCACAACAUGAAACAGUUCACAUUGAGUUCGCAUCUCAGAAAGAAUGUUCCCACCCCUGAGUUCCUGUGGUUUCUUUUUGACCAACAGGAGGAAGUUCGAAUGAUAUAUUUGGGGCAAGUUUAACGACGGCUGGUGACAGGUGUCUUAGAAGUUCAGUCACAGAUCCAUCUCAGGAGAAACAUUGUUGCCGUUAAAAUUUUAUGAACAGGGCAGCAUUCUUGUUGCGAGCAGCAAAGAGGGAGCCACAACCAGGGAAAGAGAGUGAUGUCCGGACGGGAGGCUAGAAACCACUCCACGUGAAAGAUUCAGCUAGCUCGUGCGUCGGACAUUAUUUUUAUCGAGGACUCACUCACGGAUUCUUGAAAGAACUAGAGAUGAAUGUCUUAAGUAUGCGUUUGUUAUUGACUUGCAUGUUUGUGGCCGUUUGUGGGUGUCAGGAAGGAGCCGUCGAUCCCGAUGGGUCCUCUCAGACCGCUGUCGAGGAUGCUUGUGAUGAUGAUCUCUACACCGUCUUAGACGAUGAACGGAGGAAUUCCGGUUUCUCUUCUAUGCAUGUGGUGUCCACCGAGCUUCUCAGUGACCACUCCUUGCAAGAAGGAUGGUAUAGAUUCAUGGGAAAUGCAGGUACCCGGAUGCCCACUGAGUGCGUUCCGAUGGGAAUGUGUGCAACCCGGUACCCGGUUUGGAUGGACGGCCGGUUACCAGCGAAUAGGAACAAUGCAGUAGUAACUGGUUGCAUUAACACUGAGGAAGAUGGAUGUUGCAACGUGAGGAUUAGGAUAGUGGUUCGUAACUGUGGGGCGUUCUACAUCUACUACCUACCCAGACUUCCACGUUGCGUCCGUCCUGCAGCGUUCUGUACAGACAGUGGACCUUGGUUGAUGGUUUUUAAGGCCAUGGCUGGUAUCUCCGAACCAGACCCGUACGAUCUGUGGACCAGCGAAGAGGCUCUCAAUGAGAACAUACCGGAGGCUGCGGUCAUUGGGACAGGUUACCAGGGACAUUUCAAGAGCAUGUUGGUGAAAGACUGGAACUCCUUGAAUAUUGCUGAGGUUCGGGUUUCCUUGUACUCGGCUGGGAUUGAAGUUCUUCGGAUCGUCUUCGAUGGGUCCGGUACAGAUAAGACAUCAUGGUUCGAUGGUGACAAGGUUCUAUCCAGCCCGUAUAAGGAUCUCAAUGCAUCUGUCAAAUCCAUCCAUGCUGAUCAUUUGAACUAUCGCUUCAUGAUGAUGCGUACGGCACUGUAUGACUGUUGGAACGCAAAUGGUUGGUUUCUGAUGAUCGCCUCGCCUGGUGGAUGCAGCUGGGAGAACGAUAGUCCCUUCCCGAUGUUCAAAUACAGUAGAACUAACGCGGCAACUAUCUGGGAUUUAGAGCAAGUUGGGGAGGCGGAUGAACUGGCGAUUUUUAUGAAGACAGAAGAAGCUCCUGUUUGUAGAAAGAAGAGUUAUCAGGUCUUGGAUAACCGAGAGCGAGGAGUGAAUUGGAGAGGGAGUGGAGACCCGGUGGUGGACGACACACAACUCGCACCCGGCUGGUACAGAUUCGACAGUCCUGCUGGUGAAGAAAUUACUCAUUACUGUCAGAAUAUUGGCUCCUGUGGGACACGGUACCCAAUUUGGCUAUUGGAUGUACAGUACACUGAAUCCGGCGAGACUGUUAAAGGAAUAAUGUGCGUCAACACAGAUGAUCCAGGCUGUUGUAACAUCAAGAUCAUGGUGCUUGUACGUAACUGUGGUGGAUUCUACAUUUACCGCUUGCCUCAACUCAACACAGACCAGCCUGCUGGUUACUGCACUGGAUUCAUUGAGUGGGAUCUUGUAAUGAAAGGAGUCUCGUUACCAGACGUGUACCAUAACAACAUCUACAAGCUGUGGGCAUCUAACCAAUCAGUGAAUGCGGACGUCCCCGAGGCUCAGCUAUUGGACACCUCGUUCCCAGAACCGUUCAAGAGCAGCCUCGUCAACAACUGGCACCAGAUGGACGUCCAACAGAUCCGCUUAUCACUUUAUAAGAAUGGUCGUGAGGUACGGCGAUUCAUAUUUAACGGUGUGGGAUCGGAUCGCUUCAACUGGUUCUCGCGAGAUCGUAUCAUCGAGACGCCGUACACCGACAUGACAUCGAACACCACAUACACACAGUUCACCAUGGGCAGCAAAGAUUCCCGGCAGUUUUUCAUCAACAGUGUGGACGGAAUUGAAGGUGAUUUUUGCUCUAAGGCUGAGGGCUGGCUAGCCGUGUCAUCCAGUUCAAAUGACUGCCUCUCCACCCACGGCGAUCGUCAGCAGAGUUUCCUGUACAGCGCCCGGGAUACCUCAGUCCGCUGGGCAAGUGGUUUGGUUGAAAGUGCCGAUGUGAUUGCGAUCUUCAUCAAAUCUCCAUUGCUGAUUAACCCCUGUAGAGACCGGAGUCAUGUUGUCUUGACUGAUAUUAGGAGAGGCCGUGAUAUGAGAAACUACAACGGGCGAUCAUUAAGUGAUCAGAGUAUCAGACCCGGCUGGUAUCGCUUCACUGACACCAAAGGAGAACCUCUGGAUAUGCCUACAAGCUGUGUGGAGCUGGAUCACUGCGGUACCCGUUACCCAAUAUGGGUUGACGACAAGUUACCAGACCGACCAGGAGCACGCGUUCCUCUAGAAGGGUGCAUCAACACAGAGGAAGAUGGAUGUUGUAACAUCAGACUUGCCUUGGGAGCACUGCACUGUGGAGAUUACAUUGUUUACGCCCUCAACCAGGUGCCAUCGGAGGGAGAGGACGAACAUAAAUACUACGGAUAUUGUACAGAGUCUGACAAUUGGGAGAUGGUGUUCAAGCUCACGGACGGAUUCCAAGCUCUUUCAAACAACAAACAAUUAUGGCGGCAACAAUUCUCGCUGAACACUGACAUCCCACCCGCGCGUAAGCUUGAUAAAUCCUUUCCAGGGAACUACAAGACUGGUCACGUUAGGUUGUGGGAAGAACUGAAUAUUGAUAAGGUAAAGCUGUCUGUAUACAAGGAUGAGAUGGAGACGAUUUGCCUCAUCUUCGAUGGGGAGGGCACGGACAGCCUCAGCUGGUUCUCCCAAGAGAAUCUCAUCUUCUCACCCUGGAGUGAUCUGACUAAAGAGUCAGAGUGCAACGUCUUCUCAAUUGAAGGGCAAUACACGCCCGAAGCCCUUGGAACAAGACGUUGGCUCAUCAAUAAGAAGUUGAGUCCGUGUGUAGGUGGAAGCGAGGGGUGGCUGAUGAUCAUCGCUGAUAGUGGGUUCCUUUGUUCAUUCAAGAGAACUCCACAGAUCCUAUUCUCCAACACUACCAUUGCUGAACCCUGGAGUUCAGGAUCCUUGGAAAAGGGCGACUUCGUAACCAUCUUCAUCUCAACGAAGAAGAGGCCCACCUAAUAGUAUAAUCACAUCAGAACAUUAUAGACACGGACACAACAUAAUGGUAAAUGGCCGCCGAUCGUGGACCCUCCAUUGUUCACUUGUCACGUCGAUGACGUCAUGCGCACAAGACCUUAGUUUGAAGUGAUUCAUACGCACAUACGUACCAAAGACCUCGAAAUUGAAUAUGUGUUUUUGUGUGUGUUUUUUUCUGCAGAAUGUGCUAUGUUAUUAUUAUGCACUCACAAAAGUGUUACUGUUUAAGAAGUAUCAUGUAUGACAAUCUUAUAAUAUUAAAGAUGCCAGGUCCGAUUUUUGGCUGAUUUCGAUUCAAAUUAUUUAAAUUUCGAGAGAUCAUAGAUUCAAGAAAAUUAUAAGCUGUCGUUUAAAGGUAUUGUCAAACUUUAGUAAUGACCAUGCCAUUGUUUUUUUUUUUUUUUUUUUUCCCUUCUUUAAAAGCAUGCAAAAUGGCAAUUGUAGUAAGAAUUCUACGAAAUCUGUAAAAAAAAACGAAAACGUUUGAAACUGAAAAAAAAGAUUCAGUCAUAAUCGUUCACCCAGCCCUAGAUUUUUGAGGGGUGUCCAAAUUUUCGCAAAGGUAAACAAUUGCUUAGAAAAAUGUAUUUCGGCGAAAUCGGACCAUGCAACUUUAUUACUGUGGAGCAUUUUGAUUAGAACCUGUACUUCUUAUAUUGAAUCAUUCGUUUUAAUAGUCGCUUUUAAGUCAAAUGUUUAUAGGCCUUGUUCUUUGUAUUAGUGCGUUAUGAAAAUAUAACAAAAUACCCGGGUAGUGUUUUACCACUGUGCAUUUGUUAUAAUAAAAACACUAAUACAACAAAAUAGUUAGAAAUAAUAAUGUAGCUGCG